CUCAGUUUUGUUUUUUUUUUUUGAACAAGAACUAAUAAAUCUAAAUAAUUCCUCUUUGUUUAAAGCUGACAGGCCUGGGCUUCUUUACUCUGUUAACAUCACACAUAGUGUAAGAAUAUUUGCUGUCACGCCUGAUGUGAGCUCUCUCCACUGGAAACAGUUACUUUGCCUUUGGAAGCAUAUUGAUUUUAUUUUCUCCCUGACAGAACAUCUGUACAUAAGAGAGCAGUGAUUUUUUUGUGUGUUGUGUGUGUGUUUUGGGGCACAUGGCAAAUGACAUGUGUGAUCUGAGGCCGGGUGGUUCAAUGCACUUGAUAUAAAUAAAUAAAUGAAUGAAUCAAAACUUAAUUAUGUGUGACUCAGCCGCACACAGUUGAUUAAUGGAUGGACCCAACAAGAAGCUCUUUGAACUUUGAGUGUGUGUGUGUCAACACCGUUGCUAAUCGUAUCACCCUCAAUUAACUUUAGCCUACUUCUUACUACUGGAUAAAACCUCUCUGGUGGAGGAGAAAGUAGACGGAGAGAGAAAGAGGGAGGGAGAGGGAGGGAGAGAGGGGGAGAGAGGGGGAACCGAGUGUCUGCAUGCCCCCUACCCCAGCCCUCCACCCCCUCUUUACAGGACUGCCAGCCCGUCUAGAGUUAUUCCAGGAAUGCGUUGAACAUGGCUGCCGCGAUGAAGGCGCAGAAAACGGGACUGCUGGAACUUCGAGUGACCGUGGACCGCUGGAUCCGGGUGUUGGCUACACUUACCGAGGACACACUCACCGUGAACCCCGGCGAGGGCGCAGAGGAGCCCGCCAAGCCCAGCCCGAGUCCCGCCGGCGCUAUCAACGGAGACCCCCCGAACCUCAGCACGUCCCCGGUCCCGGAAACCAUCACCAACGUGAAGCGCACCGUGCGAGUUACCAAGCAAGAUGUUGGAGGACUCGGUAUCAGCAUUAAAGGUGGCAAGGAAAACAAGAUGCCAAUCCUCAUCUCCAAAAUUUUUAAGGGCCUCGCUGCUGACCAGACUGAGGCACUGUAUGUUGGUGAUGCCAUACUGUCUGUCAAUGGUUAUGACUUGCGUGAGGCCACACAUGAUGAGGCUGUUCAAGCACUGAAAAAAACUGGCAAAGAAGUCAUCCUUGAAGUGAAGUACAUCAAGGAGAUGUCUGCCUUCUUUAAAAGCUCCGGGUCCCCUGGAGCAGGCCUCCCGUGGGAGUCUCCCCCUUCGACACCUCAGAGGGGCCCUGAAUUCUCCUCUCCUGAGGUGAAGGAGCCCCGCAGCAUCCCCCUGAAGAUGUGCCAGGUGUCACGAAAACAGUGCCCCCCAGACACAGAACACAGGUAUUUCGAGGUGGUUUCAUCCAACAGAAAGAACUCUGUGUUCCUGCGAGCAAAAGACCCUGCCAUGGCCCAGUCUUGGUACAAUGCCAUCCAGGCUGGCACUGCCAACCUUUUACCACGAGUCAAGGAGGAGCUGAAGAGCAUGCAGCCUGGCAUGGAGGUCAAACAUCUGGGCUGGAUUACAGAACAGGUUUCCCAGGGCCCAGAGAAACCUGUACUGGCUGUGCUGACUGACAGAGACCUGCUCCUGUAUCCGUCUUUGCCUGAAAGCAAAGAGAGCAUCAGCAGCCCCACCAAGAGUCACCCACUCAUCACCACAAGAUUGGUCCACUCUGGCCCAGGAAAAAGUUCCCCUCUCCUAGACUCGGAGCUGUCCUUUGGCCUGCGUUCAGGCACCAAGCAGGGCGUGGAGACUCAUGUGUUCAGGGUGGACUCUGCUAAGGAGCUGUCCACCUGGACUCAUCUGCUGGUGGAGGGUUGCCACAAUGCUGCUGAGCUCAUCAAGGAGGUCACCACGGCUUGCAGUUGGAAUGGGAAAGAGUGCACCCUGGGAGUGCACAUCGAUGAGGGCUUCACAUUAUUCACAGAAGAAAUGGGGGUCAGGAAAAGCAUUCUGCUCCAGCAACCCUUUGAGCGCCUCAGAAUGUCCUCAGACGAUGGAGUCCGUAUGAUGUUUCUUGACUUUGGAGGCCCCGAGGCUGAGAUUCAACUGGACCUCCAUUGCUGCCCUAAGACCAUAGUCUUCAUCAUCCACUCUUUCCUGUCUGCGAAGGUGAAGCGACUUGGCCUCCUGGCAUGAUAAUGGCCAACUAUCCAGAACACCACAAUAGGAAAAUUGAGUUAAAACAUACAGCCCAGAAGACUCUGAAAUUCCAGACGAUGGGGCCCAGGAAAUGAUGCUGACUGGCCUUUUCUUUUCAGCCUUCCUCGGCCUAUAAUAUUAUCAUCUCUGGUCAGGCACCCCCCCUGGUCUUUCUAGUGGAAUGGAGAGAAAAUCGCAGCAAUGAUGGACAUUUUUUGAACUUGUAGUUGUGAGGUAAAAAAAAAAAAGAGGUUUUAGAAAAGGCGCAAGUCAGUAGCCACUUAAGGGAUCUGUCAGAUCUGUCACAGUAGGUCAUGACACUUUAUGAUGGCAAACUGUCUGAAAAUGACAGCCUGUAUCUUAAUGUUUCUAAGCUUGAAGUCCCAAACAUUUUUUUUGUCCCAUUGUUUAGUGUUAUUUCAUGAGUCAUGACAGGCUUUUGUCAUGAGCAUCCUUUCAUCUUUCAAUCUCUGCUUUAUGUGCUGUGAGCAGUCAACAAAAGUUUUUUUUCCACAAAUGUCCUGAUUGAUGUUGGACAAAUACUUUUAAUAAAGGCAGCUUCGGUGGAGUGACAGGAUGACAUGACUGAUCACUACAUGAUCUAUAGUCUGUACUGAACAAUGUACAGAAUACAACUAUAACCAUAUGUUGUUUAUGUGGACGGUUAAGUUGCCUUUACCCUGAAUUUUUUGUAUGUAAGAAGCAUUUCCAAAUGCCAACUCAGAUAUAUUUUUUAUUGCAGCUGAACAACUCAUUUUUAUCUCCCUCUGUCUCUCCUGUUCCCAUGUUUUAAACAUACUUAAAAACCUGUGGCCUAACAAAGUGAAUAACAGAGUAUAUUAUAAGAGCCUUUUAAAAAAUAUUUUAGUUUAACCAAAAAAAAUAGAUGAAAUGCUCUUGUGUUUUUACCAACAAAGGUUUUCACAUUAAGGUUUAUUGUUAGCUCAAAGAGUCUGUUCAUCGAAGCUAGUUCUUCUGUAUGGAUUUGGAGUUCGACUCUUAAAUAAACCUACUUCACAGUACAGUGUUUUGUCUGUACUUCAUCAUUUAGUCAGCAGAGAGGACAAAAAGGCAUCAUCAACCUCCCCCGACAUUAAAAUAUGUUAGCUUAAAUAUUAUAUGAAAGAUGUUAAGUUGUUUACAUCAAGUGUUCAAUCAUUUACUUUUUUUUUGUUGUUUGUGUUGAAUGAACAUCUACAAUUUGGGGCCUUCUUUCUCUGUCCAACACUAAACAGACUUGUAUUAAUAUAUAUUUCACAACUAAAAGUUGAUUGUUUCAAGAAUAAAAUGUGUUGUAUAUUCUUAUUUAAACAAAAGGUGUGCCUUGCAGGGUUGUUUGUAUAUAAACAUGUAAUAAACUUUGUUAACUUUUA